CGUGGCGGGGCCGCCAUGGGCUGGUGGGGCGGUGCGGGGCGGGCGGUGGCGGCCUUGGCGCUGCGGAGGCUGCGGGGGGCGGCGGGGCGGCCUCGGUACAGCCUGGGCCGGGCCCCGCCGCCGCCCCCCCCCGCCGCCUCCGACCUGGAACGGGCGGACGCCUGGCUGCUGCGGAAGGCGCUGGAGGGAGGUCUCCUCUCCUGGUUCCGUAACGGGCUCCUGGCCACCGGCGUCGGCGUCAUCUCCUACGUCCAGAGCGACACUGGCCGUGAUGCUGCCUACGGCUUUUUCAUCUUGGGGGGCCUGUGUGUUUCCUAUGGGGCAGGCUCCUACCUGGUGAACCUGGUGCUGCUGCGGCGGCCCAUGAUGCUGCCGGCGCCCACCGCUGCCGCCAACGCUGCCGCUGCCGCGCUGCUGGCCCUGCUCUGGCUCUGCGCCCUCUCCCUCUACGUUGGGCGUUUGGAGGUGGAGAUCGUCCCCGAGGAGCCCCCCGAAAAGUGACCCCGGGGUGGGGGGGGGGGGGGGGCGAGAGAGAUGAUAACGGGGAUCCCGUCAGUGAUGGGGUGGGAAAGUAACUCCUGGGGGAUUGGAAACUGCGUUGGGGGGGGGGUAAAAACCAAUGCGGGGGGGUGUGUAAAUCUAUACUAGGGGGAAUUAAACACCCCCCCCCCCAGAAGAUUAAACCCACCCCAGUGGGGAUUAGCGCCCCCCCCCCCCAAAGAUUAAUGCUCCACCAGUGGGGAUUAAACCCCUGCCCAGAAAAUUACCCCCCCCCCCCGUGGGGAUUAAACCCUACCCUAGGAGGAUUAACCCCCCCAGUGGGGAUUAAUCUCCCCCCAAGAGGAUUAAAACCACCCUGGGAGGAUUAAGCCUCUCCCCCCAGGAGGAUUAAAUGAUAAAAUUCGGCCCCUGGGAGGAUUAACAUCCCACCCAGGAGGAUUAAAAGCCACCCCUGGGGGAUUACCCCCCCCCCCCCCCGAAGGAUUAAAACUGCACCUGGGAAGAUUACCCCCCCCCAGGGGGAUCAAAAACACCUGGAGGGUUGGAUUAAAAUCCAAUUAAAGCCCCUCCCAGGGUCAGGAUUGCUCACGCCCCUCCCAGAUGCUGUUUUUGUGCAAAACCCCUCAGUUUUGGCUGCUUUAUAUUUAUUCACUCGCCCUCAGCGUGUGGGGGGAUCCGCACCCUCCUGGGGCAUUUGCUGCACCCACCGUGUUUGCACGCUCAUUCCUGCUGCGAAAAACGGGGUUUUUGAGCAAAACUCGCCUCUGCGUGGCUCUGCUCUGGGGGUUUUACUAAAAAAUUAGUGUUUAUUGGGGUGCCGUGCCGGAAACGGGCGUUUUUGGCCUCGGUUAUUGCAGCCCCUGCAGUUGGUGCGGGGCAACGGGGCGGAGAUGGACUGGGAAAUAAAAAUGUGGAAAAAGC